UAAGAUGGAGGAUUCUGGAGCUAUUCUCUAUCAAAUUUCAUGUCUCAAGGACAUGCUCGAUCAGGUGAAUGAGGAAAUCGAAGCAAACAUUCAAAUAACGCGAGAGCUAGAAUCAGAGAUCGUCAAGUUAACGGAGAUCGAAGCUGCUCUUGCCAUCAGAGAAUCGCAGCUUGUCAAGUCGCUUUACAUUUCUCACUUCGAAGUCGAUGGCUUGCUCUCCGUCACCGCUGAUUCAAGGAAUUCGCUUAAACUAUUGGAGGAGGAGUUAACUUGUCUAAGAGCAAAACGAGAUGAGAUGGUAAAAAGGAUGCAAAAUAAACGAGAAGGGUUUAUAAAACUGUGCUUAGAAUUUCAGAGAGAGAUUGGCAAUGGGGAAAAUAAUGAAGUGGUGACUUUUCUAUUGGAAAAGGAGCUCCUCGAGAAUGAAAUCCAUCUAUUGGAUAAAAAAAAUAAUGCUUUGAGAAAUUCAAUGUCAGCAUUUGAGGAAGAAAUUCUUGAAGAACUUGAUACUUCAAAUGCUGGUAAAGCUAUAUUAUUCUUUUCAGUAUUAGUUUCCAACUCUUGA